AUGGCUUCUAACGAAUCUACGCCCCAAGGUUUCGUCAACGUCAAGUUGUAUCACGAUCCUCAAGAUGCGAGCGGCGCCUCCUUGAAUUGUGCAGACGUCUUCGUCGUUGCGGGGUUGGAACCAGAUGCGCUGUCAAUAUGGACUGAACCAGACAGCGGCACCUUCUGGCCGCGCGAUCUCGUGUCAAAGGAUCCCGAGCUCAAAGACUCAUGUCGGAUCUGGAUCCUGACCAUGCAUAAUGUGGACGCUAAUCUCCACUCGUUCCAGAACUGUAUGCCGCUGCAGGCGUUUGCUGCUGGAUCUUUGAACGCCAUUGACAGACAAAUCACCUCAGAUGCCGAAUUGGCGGUCUCAAACCAGGAUACCUACAGCUCGGGAAAUAAAAAACCCAACAAUGGAGUUGUUAUUCUCAUCGGGCACGGGCUGGGCGGUCUCCUUGCCGAGGUCAUCUCCAGUCUUAUUCUCGAGCUCCCUACCGAGACUCUACGAGGACACCAUCUCGGGCUCAAGCAGAAACACUGGCGUCUUAUUGUUCUGGGAACCCCUCAUCUGGGUCCUGGGCAUGGUAAUAUUCUCGAAGAUAUAGACCAAAUCAUGGCGAUAGUGGCCUACUACGGUGGAACUGGAAAUGGUUGCGAUGUACACCACACCAGAGGAUUUUGGACAGGCUUGCAACAGCAUUCCCGUUGCCUUGUUGACAAUAAUUGGGACACGCAAGGGCUACAGGCUCCAGUUGAUUCCCACGGCACGCUCAAGGUCGCUUCCUUCCAGGAAGGAGAGCAGGACGAGAGCCUCGCACAACAGAUGAAGAUUCUAUGGCCAAAUAAUCCCGAAACCAACGGCUUUGUUGUGCAAGCGAGCUACUCGCUCUUUGGCGGAAAGGCCUUGUACGGGUUCUCAAUGCCCGACCCACCCUCUCCAGUGUUUCCUCGUCAACACAAGAAUAUGGGCCAGUUCAAGGAUGAGAACGACCCGUGUUAUGUCUCUCUACGGGCGGUUCUCAAAGAAUUUGUAACGGCGGAGCAAGGUGUGGUGUGA